UCCAAUAGUUUGAACCAUGAAGAGUGGCCUCAGGUGGUCUCGGAGGAUAUCCACCGACACCUGGAGAAGCUUAGAAGUAUCGUGGUUACGCUGAGAGGGCGCGCUGAGGGCCGAACCCUGCUGCCCCUUCCGCUAUGUGUGGAGACGGCACGUCACGACAUUGGACUCGGGUUAGUCAGCCUAAAAAUACAACACACUGGGUUUAGGAAUGAAGAUGUACGAUCUAGCUUGCUAUACUCCAUUGAAACACUGAUUGUUCAGUGGUCUGGACAAAUAUGGAACGUCCUGAAGAAGGACUCUGGAGACCUGCUGCGGCAAGGUGAUCAUCCGGGCCCCAAUGUGGAGCUCCAGUUCUGGACAUCACAGCGAGAGAAUCUGCUGGGAAUUCAGUCACAGAUUCAGAGUCAAAAAGUGAAGCAGAUCAUGGAAAUCUUGAGAAGUGUCAACAGCAGUUACUAUUCCUCGUUCCAGGAAGUCGCAGUUAAAGUCAACAAGGCCGUGCUGGAAGCUGAGGAUAUCGAUCUGCAUUUGCGUCCUUUGAGGCGGCUCAUCAGCAGCCUAGAAGAGAGAGGUUUCCCUCAAGUGGACUCUCUGCUGCCUCCUCUCUUCCACACCCUGGGUCUCAUCUGGACUCGAUCUCAGCACUACUGCACUCCACAGCGUGUGGUAGUCAUACUGCAAGAGUUCUGCAACCUGAUCCUGGAAAAGGCUUUUGCUUACCUGAUCCCAGAGGAACUGUUUAAGAUGGAGCUUGAGGAAGGUCAGGAGCGAGUCCAAAUGACUAUCUACGUGCUGCGCACCUUCAAGCAGCUUUUUCACACUUACUGCCAGAAGAUUCCGGACUACUUCCAACACGGCCAGACGGUCAAGCUGUGGGACUUUCCCACCUCUCUUGUGUUCCAGCGCUCAGACUGCAUAAUGGAGAGGCUGCUAAUGAUUGAGGAGCUGUUUGCUUCAGCGUUGGACUUUUUAAAGCUGGAGAAGGUGGAACUCGGCGGAUCAAGAGGAAAGAUCCUCAGCGAGAUGGUCUUCGGCAUGAGCGAGGAGUUUCAGGACCGCUGGCGAGCACUCAGAGAGAGCAAAUGUGACCCCUUGGAUCACACUAAUGUUGAGUUUGUUCAUCAAUACAAUUGUUUUAUGGAUCAAAACAGAGAUUUUGACCAAAGGCUGGGAACUGUGCUCAAUCUGGCCUUCCAGCAUUCAAGAAACCUCAAAUCUACAUUCAAGCUGUUGAAGAUUUUUGGCAACCUCCUUGAAAGACCCAGAGUUCAUCAGCUUUUCUCCCCGAACUACAUCGAAUUAUUAAAUAUGUUCAACCAGGAAUUAAACUACUGCAAAUUUCUACUCAAUCAACACAUAUAUGAGCACAAAUCCGGAAAUGUGAUUCUGGGGAAGAAUAUGCCCCCGGUGGCUGGGAGGCUAAAAUGGUCUCAGGAGCUUCAAUGUCGUAUUUUGACCAACAGAAGCAACCUCUGCCAGCUUGCUCAUAUGCCUCUGGGUGGUGCUGAUUCAGAUGCAGCCCUGCACAAGUGCGAACGUCUGCUAGAAACUUUGGAACAGCAGGACCAGGAGCUUUUCUCACAGUGGACUGAAGGCCUGGAGGAAAUCUGUCAGAAACACCUGAAGGACCCUCUUUUGAAUCUUGACAGCAAUACAGGCUUAUUCCACGUCAACUUCAGUCUAGCUUUAAGAUCGGUGCUCAAAGAAGUGAAGUAUCUAGGAAUGCUGAAGAGUCAGAACAUUCCCAAAGCAGCUGUUCAGCUCCACUCUAAACGGGAGCGACUCUGCGUGCAAACUCAGACGCUAAUCUUGGUGACCCAGUGGUACAACCAGUUGAAAAGCACUAUCUUGGAUGUGGAGCUAGGACUGGUAAAAGAUGAGAUGGAAAGAACAAGGCGACAGCUGGAUCCAGCCCUGCUAGAGCUGACCUGGGACCAGGAUGAUGUGUGGGACUACAUUAGGAUCACAAGAGAUCUAGUCCAGAGCAUUUGGAGUCGCGUUCGCAAGAGCAAAGCAAACUUGGAGGACAUCCAAACUCUCAUGGGGAAAUUGAGCCAGCGUGCAUGUGUUACAAGAAAGAGUCGCGACUCUACACUUUUGAUAUUCUCUGACAUUGACGAAAGUGUUGCCAAACAGCACGCUAUCGUCAGAAGUACUGGCGAGCAGAUACACACUCUCCUACAGGAGAACCAGUCACUCCUGGCAGUGUCAGACCUGAACAGCAACGAGUGGCAGGCCUACUCUGACUACGUGGACCAAAUGAUCCUAGCAGGCUUCUCUAGCGCCAUCCAAUGCUCCCUACAGUACCUGCUAAACAACACCGAUCCAACCAAGCAUAUUAAUCCACUGUUUGAGGUCCAAAUGGUGCUAAACGGCAGCGAGAUGUGUUUCGAACCCCCAAUAGACUUCAGCAACAGAGGCAACUUCUUUGAUAUUGUGGACAACAUGGUUGCCAACAUUCUAAAUAUGGCAUCCUUUAUCCCCAGAGUUGCAAAGCACAGCCAUGUGGAGCAUUACCAGAGUGACAUCAAUGAAAUGAAAGAUUUGUCAGAAAUGUGCUACACUUUACGCUCCCGAGUGCGCGCGGCCGUCGUCAGGGUCAGAGAAUAUCAAGGAUCAUUUAACAGCUACCGAUACCUCUGGACUGAUGACAGGUCUGAAUUCAUGAGGCAGUUCCUGCUUUAUGGUCAUGUUUUAAGUACAGAGGAAGCCGAGUUGUAUGCUGACUAUGAACUGAAGAAGAACCCACCCACCCUGGAAAACUUUAAAGAGCAGAUCAAUCUGUUUGAGUCUCUACAUGAAAGAGUGAACAAGAUGGAGGAUAGGAGGGUGUUCUGUGGCUGGUUGCAAGUGGACAUCAGACCGUUCAAGUACACGUUGAUGAAUAUCAUAAAGAGAUGGAGCUGGAUGUUCAAGGAGCAUCUACUUAAUCAUGUCAACCAAAGUGUGAGGGAGUUAUCAUCGUUUGUCCACGACACAACCCUCGGUCUUUCUAACAAAGUGUCCGAUGGAGACUACGCCGCCCUUGUGGACGUUAUGGGACACCUCAUGGCCACGAGAGACCGCCAGAUCAGCAACGAGCAGCACUUUAAACCUCUUAAAUCUACAGCGGAGCUCCUCAAAACUUAUGGGCAAAAACUUCCGGAGAGUGUCUACACACAGCUGGAAGAGCUGCCAGAGAGAUGGAAGAGUUUACGGAAAAUUGCUUUUACAGUCAAACAUGAAGUGGCGCCUCUGCAGUCUAACGAAGUUUCAGUUAUCCGCAGGAAAUGCGUGCGCUUUGAGGUCAAGCAAUAUGAAUUCAGAGAGAGGUUUCGCACCGAAGUCAUUUUUAAGAUUGGAGUGGAGGAGCCGUACAAACAAAUUGAUAAGUCUAAUCAAGCAGUAGCCGCAAUGGAGGCCGAAAUGAAGGCGCUGCAGGAAACUGCCAAUCUGUUCGAAGUCAGCUUCCCAGACUACAAGCAACUUCGGCAAUGUCGCACUGACAUCAUCCUCGUCAAAGCAGUUUGGGAUAUGGUCACUUUUGUCAAGAGCAACAUAGAAGACUGGACCAAGACUCCCUGGAAAGAGAUCAACGUUGAGCAGAUGGACAUGGAGCUCAGACGUUUUGCAAAGGAGAUGAAGAUGCUCGAUAAGGAUGUGCGUUUGUGGGAUGUCUACGUGGGACUGGAGUCAACGGUAAAGAACCUGCUGACGUCUCUGAGAGCCGUCAAUGAGCUGCAAAACUCUGCUGUCAGGGAGAGACACUGGCAGCAGCUGAUGAACACCACCAAGGUGACAUUUGUCAUGGGAGAAGACACUACUCUCGGAAACCUGUUGGAAUUGCAGCUUCACCGUGUGGAGGACGAAGUCAAAAAUAUAGUUGACAAGGCCGUGAAAGAAAUGGCCAUUGAGAAGGUUUUGUCUGAAAUAAAGCAAACAUGGAGAGUCAUGUCGCUGUCCUAUGAUGUUCACACCAAUACUGGAAUCCCUCUCCUUAAAGCAGAUGAGAACCUGAUCGAAACAUUGGAAGACAACCAAGUGCAGCUCCAAAACAUCCUCAUGAGCAAGUAUGUGGAAUAUUUCCAGCCAGAAGUGAGUGUAUGGCAGAGGAAGCUAAUGGUGGCUGACCUAGUCAUCUCCUUGUGGAUGUCAGUGCAGAGGACGUGGGCCCAUCUCAACAGCAUCUUCACCAACAGCCACGACAUCCGCUGUCAGCUUGCCAGCGAUGCAGAACGCUUUCAAGGAAUUCAUGAUGACUUUCAGAGUUUGAUGAGCAAAGUGGUGCAGAACAGUAAUGUGUUAGAGGUAACCAACCAAGCUGGUUUCCUCGAGAACCUGGAGGCCCUGCAGCAGAGGCUGGCCGUUUGUGAGAAAGCACUGGCCGAGUACUUGGAAACCAAGAGGCUGAGUUUCCCCAGAUUUUAUUUUGUGUCUGCGUCUGACCUGCUGGAGAUUGUCUCAAAGGGGACACAACCCAAGCAGGUGACCAGACAUUUACUGAAGUUGUUUGACAACAUAGCAGAUCUUCGUUUUAAGGAGUCUGACAGAGACACAGUUGCCAUCGGGAUGUACAGCCGCGAGGGAGAAUAUGUACCAUUCUUCGAAGCAUGUGUCUGUGAAGGACAAGCCGAGUCCUGGUUGGGUGCCUUGGAGACCGCCAUGCGCCGCACCAUUCAAAAGGAGAUCCAGGAAGCAGUGGCUGCUUAUGAGGACAAACCACGUGACCAGUGGCUUUUUGAUUACCCUGCACAGGUGGGCUUGACUGGCAGUCAAGUGUGGUGGGCAACUGAUGUGGGCAUCGCAUUUGCCAGGGUGGAGGAAGGAUUUGAUACUGCUCUCAAAGAAUAUAAUAAAAAACAGAUCACACAGCUAAACUCCCUAAUCCACAUGCUGCUAGGGGAUUUAACGCCUGGAGACAGACAGAAAAUUAUGACCGUCUGCACCAUUGAUGUCCAUGCACGGGAUGUUGUGGCCAAUCUCAUAACUCAAAAGGUGACAACAGGACAAGCAUUUGCAUGGCUCUCUCAGUUGCGCCACCGUUGGGAUGAUGAAACCCGACAUUGCUAUAUUGACAUCUGUGACGCCCAAUUCCGCUUCAGUUACGAGUACCUUGGUAACACCAACAGGCUGGUCAUCACUCCUCUCACUGACAGGUGUUAUAUAACUCUGACUCAAUCCCUCCAUCUUACAAUGAGCGGCGCUCCCUCUGGCCCGGCUGGGACUGGUAAAACAGAAACAACCAAGGAUCUGGGACGCUCUCUGGGCAUUAUGGUUUAUGUGUUCAACUGCUCAGAACAAAUGGACUACAAGUCAAUUGGAAAUAUUUAUAAGGGUCUGGCUCAGACUGGAGUGUGGGGCUGUUUUGACGAAUUCAACAGAAUCUCUGUGGAAGUGCUCUCUGUUGUUGCGGUACAAGUUAAGACCAUACAGGACGCCGUACGCAACAAAAAACAAAGGUUUAAUUUCCUAGGAGAGGAGAUUGAGCUGAAGCAAACAGUAGGAAUCUUCAUUACAUUGAAUCCAGGUUAUGCAGGUAGAGCUGAGCUUCCCGAAAAUCUCAAGGCUCUCUUCAGGCCUUGCGCCAUGGUGAUCCCGGACUUUGAGCUCAUUUGUGAAAUCAUGCUAGUGGCAGAGGGCUUCAUAGAUGCUCGUCUGCUAGCACGCAAGUUCAUCAGCCUCUACACACUUUGUAAAGAACUGCUGUCCAAACAGGAUCAUUAUGAUUGGGGUUUAAGAGCCAUUAAAUCUGUCCUGGUAGUGGCGGGAUCACUAAAACGGGAGGAACGUUCCAGACCUGAGGAACAGGUGCUGAUGCGAGCAUUAAGGGACUUCAACCUGCCAAAGAUAGUGACCAAUGACGUGGCCAUAUUUUUAGGCCUAAUUGGUGACCUUUUCCCUCAGUUGGAGGUUCCUCGUAAGAGGGACCCUGAUUUGGAAAACGCUGUCCGCCAGUCAGUUAGUGAGCUGCGACUUCAGCCAGAAGAAAACUUUAUUCUGAAGGUGACACAAUUAGAAGAGCUGCUGGCUGUCAGACACUCUGUAUUUGUUGUAGGGGGACCAGGAACUGGAAAAAGCCAGAUCUUGAAGACCCUCCAUAGAACAUAUACAAACAUGAAGCUGAAACCAGUAUGGAAUGACAUCAACCCAAAAGCUGUGACCACAGAUGAGUUGUUCGGAUAUUUGCACCCUGUAACCAGAGAGUGGAAGGAUGGUGUGUUCUCUACAACCAUGCGAGAACAGACUUCAGUUAGCCACCAAGGCCCCAAAUGGAUUGUUCUAGACGGGGACAUUGACCCCAUGUGGAUUGAGUCACUCAACACAGUUAUGGAUGACAAUAAGGUCUUGACUCUGGCCAGUAAUGAGAGGAUCAGUUUGUCCUCCUCCAUGCGUCUCCUUUUUGAGAUCUCCCACCUGAAAGCUGCUACCCCGGCGACUGUUUCCAGAGCAGGAAUCCUCUAUGUCAACCCCCAGGACCUUGGUUGGCCCUCUUUUGUGACAAGCUGGAUCGAGACCCGGCAGGCCCAAUCGGAACGAGCCAACCUUACUAUUCUGUUCGACAAAUAUGUUCCCUGCUGUCUGGAACAAGUCCGCUGCAACUUGAAAACAAUCACGCCUAUUCCAGAAAACAGUAUGGUACAAACCUUGUGUUCCUUGUUGGACUGCCUACUGACAGAUGACAACGCUCCUCCAGACUCCCCGAGAGAACUUUACGAGAUUUACUUUGUCUUCGCCUGUGUCUGGGCCUUUGGAGGAGCUCUCUUUCAAGACCAUCUACGUGACUAUCGUGCUGAGUUCAGCCGCUGGUGGUCAAAGGAAAUGAGAGCUGUGAAGUUUCCCUCCCAAGGAACCAUCUUUGACUACUUUAUAGACCCUGAGACCAAAAAAUUUACACCCUGGAGCGAGAAGAUGCUUCCUUUUGAGCUGGAGGUUGAUGUGCCUUUGCAAACAGUGCUUGUCCAUACCCCAGAAACCAUCUGUCUGACCUAUUUCAUGGAUCUGCUGCUCCACAGAGGCAAACCUGUCAUGUUAGUGGGCAAUGCAGGAGUAGGCAAGACCAUCCUCGUGUCUGAUAAAGUCUCCAAACUGAAGGAGGAGUACAUGGUGGCUAAAGUCCCUUUCAACUACUAUACAACCUCAGCUAUGUUGCAACGUGUUCUGGAGAAACCACUGGAGAAGAAAGCAGGACGUAAAUUUGGACCUCCUUCCACAAAAAGACUUAUCUACUUCAUAGAUGACCUCAAUAUGCCCGAAGUGGACGCGUACGGAACCGUGCAACCUCACACGCUCAUACGUCAGCACAUGGAUUAUAACCAUUGGUAUGACAGACAAAAGCUGGUACUGAAAGAGAUCUAUAACUGCCAAUACAUCACGUGUAUGAACCCAACAGCUGGGAGCUUCUCCGUGAACCCUCGACUACAGAGGCAUUUCUCCGUAUUUUCAGUCCAUUUCCCCAGUGCUGAUGCAUUGGCUACCAUCUUCUCUAGCAUUUUGUCAGCUCAUUUCCUCCAGGGUGGAUUCAGCUACGGAGUCUCACGAUCAGUCGAGCCUCUCGUACAGGCUGCCAUCUCUUUGCACCAGAAAAUCAGUCAGAACUUCCUGCCUACAGCGAUUCGCUUCCAUUACAUUUUCAACCUGCGAGACCUUGCCAAUAUCUUCCAGGGCAUUUUGUUUGCCCAACCUGAGUGUAUCCGAUACCCCAUGGACCUGGUUUACCUUUGGCUCCAUGAAAGCUCCAGGGUGUACUCUGACAAAUUAAUGGAAGAGAAAGAUGUAGAGCUCUUCAACAAAAUCCUGCUGGACACCGGCAAGAGAUACUUUGAGGGAAUAGAUGAGUCCAUUUUCAUCCACCAGCCUUUGGCGUACUGUCAUUUUGCUCAAGGUGUGGGAGAGCCUCGCUAUCACCUGGCAUCAGAUUGGGAGAAACUCCAGAAGGUGCUUGUUGAUGCUUUGGAGCAUUAUAACGAGUUGCAUGCUGUUAUGGACCUGGUGCUUUUUGAAGAAGCGAUCCAGCAUGUGUGCCGAAUCAGUCGCAUCCUGGAAGCUCCGUACGGUAACGCCCUACUGGUGGGCGUUGGAGGCAGCGGGAAGCAAAGCCUAUGUCGGCUAGCUGCCUUUCUCAGCAUGAUGGAAGUCUUCCAGAUCUCGCUGCGUAAAGGCUACGGAUUUAAUGAUCUCAAGAGUGACAUUGCAGCAUUGUACAUGAAGGUUGGCGUGAAGAACAUUGGCACAGUGUUUCUUUAUACGGAUGCUCAGGUUCCGGAUGAAAGCUUCCUGGUGCUUAUCAAUGAUAUGCUUGCUUCAGGAGACAUUCCAGAUCUAUUUAGUGAUGAAGAAGUGGACACAAUCAUGACAUCAAUGCGAAUAGAACUGAGAGGUUUGGGACUCAUCGAUUCCAGAGACAACUGCUGGAGCUUCUUUAUUGAGAGGAUUCGCAGGCAACUCAAGGUUGUAUUGUGUUUUUCCCCCGUGGGCUUCACACUGCGGACACGGGCACGGAAAUUUCCAGCUCUGGUGAACUGCACGGCCAUCGAUUGGUUCCACCCUUGGCCUCAGCUUGCUUUGCAGUCUGUCAGCACUACUUUCAUAGAGAAGAUACCUGGACUCGAGCCUAAUGUGAGGACGUCUAUCAGCGAGUUCAUCUCCUACGCCCAUACCAGUGUCAACGAGGUGAGUGACAAGUACCAACAGAAUGAGAAGCACUUCAACUACAUCACGCCAAAGAGUUUCCUGGAGUUCAUUAAGCUUUACUGCAACCUGUUGGGGAAGAAACGAACUGAGCUCAGUCAGAAGACGGAAAGAUUAGAGAACGGCCUGCAGAAGUUGCAGAGCACCGCCUCUCAGGUGGAAGAACUUAAAGCCAAGCUCGCGGCGCAAGAAGUAGAGCUCUGCCAGAGGAACACCGACAUCGAAGCUCUCAUUUCUAAAAUCGGACAACAGACCGACAAACUUAAUCAAGAGAGAGCCGUGGCUGACGCCGAGGAGCAAAAGGUGGAGGCAAUUCAAGCUGAGGUUAGCAAACAGCAGCGAGAGACAGAAGAGGACCUAGCCAAGGCUGAACCUGCGCUCCAGGCGGCCAACGCAGCUCUCAAUACACUCAACAGGUUGAAUUUGACCGAACUGAGGACGUUCCCGAACCCUCCGGCCAUUGUCACCAAUGUCACAGCUGCAGUUGUGGUGCUACUGGCGCCGCAGGGCAAAAUCCCCAAAGAUCGCAGCUGGAAGGCUUCCAAGGUUGUCAUGAGCAAGGUGGACGAUUUCCUGCAGGCUCUGGUCAACUUUGAUAAAGAGCACAUCCCAGAGGCCACAGUGAAGGUUGUGAGAGACGACUACCUCAGCGACCCCGAGUUCAACCCGGAGUUUGUUCAUCACAAAUCUUCGGCCGCUGCCGGGCUCUGUGCUUGGGUGAUCAAUAUGAUCAGAUUCCAUGAGGUAUUCUGUGAGGUAGAGAUGAAGAGGAAGUGUCUUUCACAAGCCAACGCCGACCUGGCUGAGGCUGCGGAGAAGCUCCAUGCCAUCAGGAACAAACUGGCGGAGUUGGACAGCAGCCUGGAAGCCCUGACCGAAGAGUAUGAGAAAGCUACAUCAGAAAAGUUACGUUUUCAGGAAGAAGUCAAUCGCACAAACAAGACCAUUCAACUCGCCAAUCGACUCGUCAAAGGGCUGCAGAGUGAAAACGUGCGUUGGGCCCUUUCAGUGGCUGAGUACCACGAACAGGAGGCCACUCUUUGCGGAGAUGUUCUCCUUACCGCGGCCUUCAUUUCCUACGCUGGCUCCUUCUCCAAAAAGUACCGCAGGGAACUGGUCGAGAACCUGUGGAGACCUUUCCUCCGCAGUCAGAAGAUCCCGAUUCCCAUGACAGCAGAUAUGGAUCCUGUGUGCAUGCUAACGGACGAUGCCAUGGUGGCGCAGUGGAACAACGAAGGCUUGCCAGGAGACAAAAUGUCCACCCAGAAUGCCGCCAUCCACACUAAUUGUGAACGAUGGCCUCUCCUCAUUGACCCUCAACUACAAGGAAUAAAGUGGAUCAAGAGUCGCUACGGCAACAGCCUCAAAGUUGUCAGUCUGAGCCAAAAAGGUUACGUGGAUGUGAUCGAGCAAGCCGUCGUGGCGGGAAACACGGUACUCAUCGAGAACAUGGAGGAGACUAUUGACCCAGUUCUUGACCCGCUCUUGGGUCGACACACAAUCAAGAAGGGAAGUUGUGUCAAGGUUGGCGAUAAGGAGUGCUUCUUCCAUCCUGGCUUCAGACUCAUCCUUCACACCAAAUUGGCCAACCCUCACUACAAGCCAGAGAUUCAGGCUCAGACCACGCUCAUUAAUUUCACUGUGACCAGGGACGGGCUGGAGGACCAGCUCCUCGCUCAGGUUGUCAACCAGGAGAGGCCUGACCUUGAGAACCUCAAGAGUGAACUUACCAAACAACAGAACUUGUUCAAGAUUGAGCUGAAACUUCUGGAGGACGAGCUGCUGACCAGGCUGUCUGCAGCAGAGAGUAACUUUUUGGGGGACGAUUUGCUGGUGGAGAAGCUGGAGAGCACCAAGCACACUGCUGCUGAAAUUCAGAUGAAGGUUCUGGAAGCUAAAGUCAACGAGUUGAAAAUAAAUGAAGCCAGGGAACAUUACCGUCCGGUCGCCGUCAGAGCUUCCCUUCUUUACUUCAUCAUGAAUGACCUCAACAAGAUCAACCCCAUGUAUCAGUUCAGCCUCAAGGCAUUCAACGUGAUCUUCCACAAAGCGGUGGAGAUGGCAGAAGCCUGCGAGGACGUGACCAGCAGAGUGAAAACGCUCAUAGAUUGCGUCACCUACUCCACCUUCAAUUACAUCAGCAGGGGGCUCUUCGAGAGGGACAAGCUCACCUUCACCGCACAACUGGCCUUUCAGUUGCUUCUGAUGAGUAAGGAGAUCAACAUACGGGAACUCGACUUCCUGUUACGCUUCAAUAUCGACCACUCUUAUGUCAGCCCUCUGGAUUUUCUCUCAAACUCUGCAUGGAGUGCCAUCAAGGUGAUGAGUUUCACUGAUGAGUUUCGGGGUCUAGACCGGGACAUAGAAGGCUCUCCUAAACUCUGGAAGAAGAUGGUGGAGUCCGAGUGUCCGGAGAAGGAGAAGUUUCCUCAGGAGUGGAAAGGGAAAAGCUCCCUGCAAAAACUUGUCAUGAUGAGAGCCCUGAGGCCUGAUCGCAUGACGUACGCUCUCAGGAACUUUGUGGAAGAGAAGCUUGGGGUGAAAUAUACAGAAGGCCGUAAAACAGAAUUUGCAAAGUCCUUUAGAGAAAGCGGCCCAGCGUCUCCCAUGUUCUUCAUCCUCUCUCCUGGAGUGGACCCACUUAAAGAUGUCGAGUCGCUUGGGAGAAAAAUGGGAUUCACCAUCGACCUUGGCAAGCUUCAUAAUGUGUCCUUGGGUCAGGGGCAAGAGGCUGUGGCUGAGGUUGCCAUGGAAACGGCGGCCAAGGAUGGUCACUGGGUGAUAUUGCAGAAUAUCCACUUGGUCGCUCGCUGGCUGGGCUCACUAGAGAAGCUUCUGGAACGCUACUGUGAAGGCAGUCAUCCUGACUACAGAGUCUUCAUGAGUGCGGAACCUGCACCUACCACCCAGGAACACAUCAUUCCGCAAGGUAUUCUGGAAAAUUCCAUCAAAGUGACCAAUGAGCCUCCAACUGGCAUGCAUGCUAAUUUGCAUGCAGCACUUGAUCAUUUUGACCAGGGCAUCCUAGACCAGUGUAGCCGCGAGCAGGAGUUCAAAAUCAUUCUGUUCUCUCUGUGCUACUUCCACGCCUGCGUUGCCGAGAGGAGGAAGUUCGGACCCCAGGGUUGGAACAGGAAGUACCCGUUCAACACUGGAGACUUGACCAUAUCCGUCAAUGUCCUCUACAACUAUCUCGAGGCUAACGCACAGGUACCAUGGGAGGACCUGCGAUAUCUUUUUGGAGAGAUCAUGUAUGGAGGACACAUCACCGAUGACUGGGACAGAAGACUCUGCAGAACCUACUUGGAAGAAUACAUGCAACCCAAUCAGUUCGAUCGAAAGCUUGCUUUAGCACCAGGAUUUGUGGUUCCGUCCAACCUGGACUAUCAGGGUUACCACGACUUUAUUGAUGAAACACUGCCUCACGAAAGCCCUGUGCAUUACGGGCUGCAUCCCAACGCAGAAAUUGACUUCCUGACUGUGACCUCUGAUAACCUUUUUCAUACACUGCUGGAGCUGCAGUCUCCUGAUGCCGUAAUGGGGGAGGGGGCCUCGGGGACACUGGAGGAGAAGGUGAAAACAGUGUUGGAUGAGGUUCUGGAGAAACUUCCAGAGCAGUACAACAUGACGGACAUCACCGCCAAGACAGCUGAACGUUCGCCUUACAUCCUCGUUUGCUUCCAGGAGUGCGAACGAAUGAACACACUCGUUUCAGAGAUACGACGAUCGCUCAAAGAACUUGACCUGGGACUCAGGGGUGAGCUUGCCGUCUCACCUGAAAUGGAGAAGCUCCAGGUGGCUUUGUUUCUCGACAACGUUCCUGAUUCUUGGACCAAGCUGGCCUACCCGUCUACCUACAGUUUGGCUACAUGGUACAACGAUGUGUUACAGCGUUGCAAAGAGUUAGACAGCUGGACUCAAGAUCUGUCACUUCCUACGGUCGUGUGGCUGAGCGGACUUUUCAACCCACAGUCCUUCCUCACUGCUGUGAUGCAGAGCUUAGCCCGCAAGAACGAGUGGCCCCUGGAUAAAGUCAACCUGACUGUGGAUGUGACCAAGAAAUUUAAAGAAGAGUUUAAUCAGCCUGCCAGAGAGGGGGCUUACGUAUAUGGACUCUACAUGGAAGGAGCCAGAUGGGAUACUCAGGCCGGAGUGAUCACAGAAGCGCGGUUAAAGGAGCUGACACCGGCCAUGCCCGUCAUCUCUGUCCGAGCGGUCCCCAAUGACCGCCAGGAGACCAGGAACAUCUACGAGUGUCCGCUAUAUAAAACUAAAAUCAGGGGGCCCACCUUUGUCUGGACUCUCAGCUUGAAAACAAGGGAGCGGCCCGCCAAAUGGGUCCUGGCCGGAGUUGCUCUGCUUCUCAGUGUGUGA